AUGACAGUUGCCCAGUUCUCUCGUCUACAAAAAGAUUAUCCGUGGAUCGCAGGCCCGAUCAUUGCGUCGGCGCCCAUGCUCAACAUCGCGACUGCAAAGCUCGCAGUCGCGGUCUCCUCCGCGAAGGGGAUUGGCUUCAUUGCUGGCGGAUAUGAUCUCUCGAGUCUGGAACAACAGCUCAUUCAAGCACAAGGUCUCAUCGCCGAGUCCAACCUCCAAAAGUCCCAGCUUGAACGGACCCCGGGCGAGUCUGGCGUUCUCCCCGUCGGGGUGGGCUUCUUAAAUUGGGGCGCAUCUCUGGAAACAGCACUGCCCUUGAUCAAGAAGUACCGCCCUUGCGCAGUUUGGCUGUUUGCACCGAAGACCGGUGUGGACGACCUCGUACCUUGGGUCCGAGCCAUUCGAUCCGACGUCCUUUACGACGUCAAGAUCUGGGUGCAACUUUGUUGCUUGGGAGAUGCCAUGGAGUCUACAGAGAAACUGCUGCCGGAUGUCCUGGUAGUCCAAGGGUGUGAUGCCGGUGGCCAUGGAUUGGCUCGGUCUGCUAGUAUUGUCACUCUACUUCCCGAAGUCCUGGAUCAAUUGAAGUCCAGAAACCCGAGGCCAACUCCAAACACCGGGAAACCGUUUGUCGUUGCAGCAGGUGGUAUCACUGACGGGAGAGGAUUGGCAGCCGCGAUGGUUCUGGGUGCAGAUGGAUGUGCUAUGGGGACUCGAUUUCUGGCCUCUCCCGAGGCACAAAUUGCGAAAGGCUAUCAGAAUGAGAUUCUUCGGGCCUCGGACGGUGGAGUGAAUACGGUCCGGUCAACGGUGUAUGAUAAAGUCCGUGGGAUCUAUGCUUGGCCAAUAAAGUAUGAUGGACGCGGGCUGAUCAAUCGAUCGUACGAGGACAUUGUGAACCAGGAGGUCACCGAGGAGGAGAAUCGACGUUUGUAUGAGGUGGAGAAGCUCAAGGGGGAUGAUGGUUGGGGACCGCAAGGCCGGAUGACCACCUAUGCAGGAACCGGGGUAGGACUGAUACGAGCGGCCAUGCCAGCAGCACAGAUCGUUACGACGACCCGGCGGGAUGCGAUGGAAAGUCUCCAGAGGCCAAUCCUUCCUGUCAAGCUAUGA